CCCACAGUGUACAAUAUCAAACAAUCGUAACUGUACUAUGAUAUCAGGGAGCGAGCUCAAAAGAAUCAGUCUGUUUAUCCAAGUUCGUCACGGAGGAAUUGGAUAUUGAAUGGCGGAAAUAUAGUAUGUAGAUCUUCAGCGCUUGGCUGAGGUUUGGCCUGAGUUUUGUGUGUGGUUGUGUUUAUCAUGCUUAGUGAUUUAAUGAUGAUAGCAACUUUGUUACUUCACACAAUUCAACCUGCAUAUUUUCGCAAGCAUCCUUUUUAAUCUGUCGUUAUUCUCUACGCAAUGAACUUUCCACAAAUGUGUAUAUUAUAAUAUACAUACUAUAUAAUUAUAUAGUAUACUAUAGUAGAACCAUAGUUCUUUUUAUCAAAUGAGGAUUAAAACCAUCCCAUUACAGUUAAAUGGCUCAUGUCAUUGACUGUAUUAGUUUAUGGUAAUAUAGUAAUAACGUUAUUAUAAUAUUACUGGUUAACCACUCAAGUCAUUUUAACUGCUAAGCGUCUGGAGUCGGUAAGUCUGUCUGCUUCAAAUAUUAACAGUACCUCCACAUAAAUCCAAUACCAAACUGGUUUCUGUGGAUUAGCCGUCCGUGACGUUCAGUCAAGCGUUUUAUGAAUAUUAGGCCGUAUAGAUGUCAAUAAAUUAUCCACCUUUCGUCAGGUUCUGGAACAUACAUACUGACAUAUUUACUGACUCUAGACUGUGCAUGCACUUCUUGACCCUUAUGUGGAAUUUCAAGCCCUUGACUGGACUAAUUUUUUCAAAUCCAUAGACAUUUUUAACGGGCUUUCUGUCUCUAUUCCGUUGGCUAAGUUAAUCAUUGCUCGAAUAGGUUAACCCAGUUUGCAGAUUUUCAUUUGUUGGGCUCUGUAUUGAAAUACAUUCAGGACAACGUUGGUAAUUAGUCGAUGUUCAUACCUCCAUGAGUCGCUCUUUUCUGAUCGAUUACGAGGCAAAAAGUCAUCUGAUCUCGUUCACUGUACAUAUAAGGUACACACUAGCAUGGAUACACUAGGCUUUUUUGGAAAUUUAUCCCACUGUUUGCGUUUACCAAAUAAAGAGUGAAUCUGCUGUAAGAUCAUCCAUUUUGCAUUAAUCUGCAGCUGUUAGAUGGCUCGUGGAAAUAAAUGACGGGUAAACUGCAGUUAUUUGAUCAUAGACCUGUUAACAAUGUAGCUCGGAUAUGACCGAACUGUCAACUGAGUAGUGCCGUGCUUAGGUGUAAAGUAUUAAAUUAGAAAGUCGAAUUGGUUAGUAAACUUCGAGCCUUCACCGGUUACGUAUAUCCAACCACCACUAUCUAGAAAAGAAAUGUCUGAAGUAGGUUGGGAAAAAUUAGUGAAUAAGUAAACUGAGAUAUAACAACGAUUAACUUAAUGCCAGUAUAAAUCAUUUGGGUAGCCAUGGACUUCCAGUUCUAGGCCCACCCAGUACUCAAUAAAUGAUUAGAAACUUUAAGUGACGUGGUUCUAAAUCGGUCACAAUGACGUAGUGUUAUUUAGUCUCCAUCUCUAUCUAAAUAUUGAGUUCACUUCCAUUCCUGAAUCUCCAUUCCCCGAUUUCAUUUUUCCUCGUUCUGUAUUUCGCAUGUUAAGAUCGCCAUUAUAGUGGAUAUUGUUUCCCAUCCUAUCUCUCAUCCUAUUUAUUUCCUUUCUCGCUUCGCUGGCGUGUGGCAUGACAUCAGAUAAGUACAUUCGUUCCAGAUCCUACGUUAAUAAUGACUGACUGCAUUCUGGAUGUCCGUAUAUGGUUCAGUUACUGUCUAAAAGAAAUUCUGUUUUCAAUUAGAAAAAGUACUCAAUGAUGAACCAGACGAAGUAGUACAUUCACACGCCGUAAAAGAAUUUUUGCAGUUGUUAUUUUCCCAACAGUUGCGUUCGCAAAUGUCCACACAUAAUUUGUCCUUCAUGAUAUUUAAAAAUGGUGGUUUGUUUGUUCCCGUCUGCAUACGACAUCGAUUGUGUUUGUACUGCAAAUUGUUGGUGGUGUGAAAUUUGAUAUAGUGAUUCCCGCAUUCCUGCAUAAAGACCCGUUCUCGGCCAACAAAAUAAAGCAUUUGGUAGUCACUAAGACAUCUCUAAAAUGAUUUGGUCUCCUUAAUGUCCGUCGAUAGGACUGGAAUUUAAUUAUUUUGACACUAGUAAGAUAGCUGACUUUUUAUUAUUAUAAGUGGUACAACUUCACUUUGGGGUCACACGUUUUAUUCCCUAAAUAUUAGCUGAUCUUUCCCCAUUAAAUGAUUAGAUAACUUGCAUAACUGAUUACAAAAUGUUCCGCUUCUUUAUAUUAUGGUUUCUUUGUGGUAGGUUCAGAACUCAUACUAAAGGCUUAAAUCUCAAAUUAAUAAUCUAGAUUUAUCUUCUGUAACAUCAUUCCUUCAGUUAUUUUGCAUCCAUGAAUACUUAUGUCUUUGUCUAUCAUGCUUUUAAUUGGAAUACUGAAAGAUGACUGAGGGUUUGUUUAAAGCCCUGAGUCUGAUUCCAGAUUUCUUUGAGACUGUAUAUUAAAUGGUCGUAACUGCUUUCAAACCUCGCAGAUGUCACAAAACUCAACUUUUAACUAAAGUUAAGGUUUUUAAUAUCCCAUUGUUAAUGUUCAGGAUUGAAAUUUGUGUUUUUGUAGGCACUCAUGAAUCCGAAUAGGACGAAACAUAUGUUCUGCAAUCCGCUGCUAGCCAAGAUCCAAGAAUACCAAGUUGCAAGUUCGAGCAUUUAGGUUUAUUUUGGUCUGGGCAACCGAAGGAUAUCACUAGCCAGCACUCAUAAAGCAUACUUCAGGUUCAAGUAAACAAACGUGUACUUAGCGGCUGUAUUAAAAAAUGGUAUUGAUCUAACUUCUGAUCACUUUUACGCAAACUGCCACUCUUAUCUUAAUAGCUUGGGGGUACAUUAAAGAUACCCACCAUCAAUCUGCGGAGGAUGAAUAGGUCUUUAAUUGGCAUAAAUCCCCUAUCAAACACUUUAUGCAUUAUUAAACUACUAACCUGAUAAUUGAGCGAGGUUUUCGUUGACAAAAUAAAUAAUUUAUUCAUGAAGUCAUAUAUUAUCUGGAAAUCUAGAAUUUAUAGAUGUAAGUGCAGUGGGCGAAAUCAAGUUGGCAGUAGCAAGACAAAACAAGGUUGGAAGUGAUACUUCCGAGCUCUGAAAAAGUAGGAUAGUGAUCAAGACACGACUCUGUUUGAAACCCACCUAUUUACACAAUCUACUAGUAUCACGUACUCCCACACAACGAAUGUUCAUACUCAUGUACACGAACAUGUCCUUUGUUACCGAAUUGUAUUAAAUUAAAAACUCACUAUUAUGGACUCCUACCAAGUCAAAAUAGUUAUAGCGAUUGUAUAUCGAAACCGUGUCGUGAAUCACACCAAACUUGUGUUCUCAGUUAUACAAUAUGUGGAUGUUAUCAGGGUUAUAGAUAAGUUGUAUCACAGUUACACAACGCGAGAGGGAAUCAAUGGAGUAAAACAACCUUUUCCAAGAUGUAUUAACUGUGUAUUACUCUGGCCUCAAGGAUUUCUGCACCUGAAAUAAGGAUAUAAUUCAUGCACUUAUCUACGUUCAUCUAAAAGGUGAUGUUUCAUGCAUCGUUAAAAAAAGUGUAGAAGGGAAUGAAUUUCACAAAUUAUCCUGAUAUGAUCUGACCUCGUUUCAUUUUAUAAUGAAAGUUGUGGGUUGUUAGCAACCUGUGGAAAUUUUAGUAGAAAUAUUAGUUUAUUGACGCUGUUAAUAUCAACCGCUUUAGGUAACGUCGUUUUGAUGGGCUCUGAGAACAUCGGGUAGACAAAUUACCUUCAUCACAGCUGCAUCAUUCCUGUUGUCAUUUAAAUAAUAGAGAGAGAACGUGAAAUCAACCUACUAGGGCAUUUUCGAAAUAAUAGCUGUCAAUUUUAGUUUGGGGUUAUAGUAUAUCAGUCUUUUUACUUAUCUUGUUAUACCCAAUAUAUUCCACGUACGUUUUUUCAAUUUUAUUUUUACAGAAUUUUAAACUAUUGUUCAUUACAUGCCGGUACAUGGGUGAAACUAAAGACCAGUCAUAUUUUUUAAAAGAUCUGAAACCCAACAUGAAACGUGUAUCAUGUGUUUUUAUAGUUUUGGAGCUGGGUCCUAUCACGCGUACAAAAGAUGGCAAUGAAGUUCGGACCGCGAAGGUCGCUGAUCGCACAGGAACGAUUAACAUAUCUGUUUGGAAUGAGAAUAGUUCAUUAAUUGCUCCAUGUGAUGUUUUACAGCUAGUUCAGGGUAACACUACUGUAAGGGGUGGCUGUUUAAAUUUGAAUGUCGGUCGUUAUGGUCAGCUUAUGAAAAUUGGAGAAUUUUGUUUUCCUUUUGUUGAGUCACCUGAUUUUAGCGCUUAUAAUGAUGAAUGGUUGGGAAAAUCCGGCGACUCUAGUUCAACGAAUAAAUGUGAACCAACAAACAAACAAUGAGAUAACUCCAAAUAUAUAUAUAUGCUUUCACGAUCUUGUUCUUUCAUUCACUUUUGCUAGUGUGGUUGUGUGAAUUGUCACUUUAGAGUUAUUGAUAUCAUAAGACUAAUGAUAACCGUCGCUUGACUUAUCUUGGGAGUCUCAUCAGCCCUUGUGGUCUGGUGUGUGACGAAAUCUCAGCACGAAUACAGAAGGCUCGACUAGCUUUUGCCAACUUGCGUCAUUUAUGGCGUAGGCGAGAUAUCCGUCUACCAACCGAAGGACGUGUUUACUGCGCAGCAGUUUGUUCUGUCCUACUUUAUGGAAGUGAAGCAUGGCCGGUAAGAGUAGAGGAUAUUCGUAGGUUACUAGUAUUCGAUCAUAGGUGUCUUCGAAACAGUGCUCGUAUAUCCUGGGACCAUCGUGUAAGUAAUGCAGUUGUUAGGAAACGGGUACUAGGUAAGGAUUGCAAAUCAAUUGAUGAAGUAGUGAAGCUUCAUCAGUUGAGAUGGCUGGGACACGUGUUACGUAUGCCCAACGACCGACUACCUCGACGUGCUAUGUUCAAUGGUAUAGGAGUAGGUUGGAAGGAAGCUAGGGGCGGCCAGACCAAAACAUGGCACAAGUCCAUGAAGUCACUGACAAGUGGACUGAUCCACGUUGGUAGGUGUAGACUACCUGGUUAGUAUCAGCGAGAUGAUAGCAACCGAUGGUUAGAGAUCCUGAAUGACAUGGCUCAAAGUUGUUUGCAAUGGCACAGGUGCAUCUACCUUUUGUGUUCUCGCAAAUUCUAAUCUGAAUUCUUCAUGUCCCUUUUUUCUUCCCAAAUUUAUUUCACUGGAUUAUUUAUUUUAACACAUAGAUAUUGGUACAAGGAGGCACCAAAUACAUAUGCGCCACACAAAUCUCAUUCGAUAUGUGUGAGGGCUAUGAUACUGCCCGGGUGCCCAAACCGAAGCAGGUGGUUUUCUUAAGGGGCCACUCCCCGAGCCUUUGACCUAAUGGUCUGAUCCACAAGGCAGUGGAGCAUCGUAGGUAGAUGCAGUCCCAUGGAAGCCGGUAACCAGCAAUUGGUUCAUACGCCAUUUGUUCCCGCAGGAUACUGGAGCCCAUGUGCACCAUUGGUUUUGAAUCCGGUUAAAGCGCCGGACAUUUGCUUUUCGUCCUCUCAUUUUCGUAAACAACACCCCCGCCACGGGAAGGCAG